CCAUUGCCCUCCAUAGGCCACUGUGGCCAGCAGCUUCUCUUGUGCACCUGUGGCGCCAUCACUGCUCAGCUCCAUAGCAACCUCGGUAGCUUCUCCAUAGUAGCUCAAGGAAACCACCUCCUAGCUUUCCGGCAGCAUCUCCCUGAGCUUUACUGCGUUGAUUGAUGGCAGAGCCUACACGAGACACAAGCUAGCUCGAUCUCCUCAAUAAUCUCGCUCGCUCCAAGAAGAGCUUCCCUGCUUUCCUUUGCUGCCGUCGAUCGACCUGCCCAAACAUCUAUACUUUCCUGGCUGUAUGAGAUGGUCUCAUGGCCGUGAGCUCACCUCACCGGGCACUCCUCGCCGCCGUGCUCCUUGGCUUCCUCCUCGGCGCCGCGACCAGCAUCCGCACGGCGAAGUUUUCCUCUUCUCAGAACCUGGCGGAGGACAAGUCGCGGCUGGGGUCGACGCCUCCGAGCUGCCGCAACCGGUGCAGCGCGUGCAACCCCUGCACACCCGUCCAGGUGACGACCGUGCCGGGGCUCGGCGGCGCGGCCCGCGUCACCGACGACACGGUGGCCGGCUUCUCCCGCUACUCCAACUACAAGCCGCUGGGGUGGAAAUGCCGCUGCGACGGCCGCCUCUACGACCCCUAGCGUGCCGGUGACGCUUCUCUUCUCCACGGCGCCGUGGCAAUUCGUGUGUACUCUGCUCCGAUGGAGAUUCUGGUGUGCUCUCGGUUAGCUAGCUCAUCUGCUCCCCGGAUUCUUCUUCUCGGGCGUGUCAUCUCAUCUGUUCCUGCCCAUGGCGGCUUGCUUCACGAGGUCAGUCCCCCUAGAUCGAGCUCGCUGCCUCGCAGCUUGUACCGCCCGUAGCCGUAGCCAAUUUUUGCUCUCCGCUGAAGCAAUUUACUCGCGUGUAAAGAGCGUUUGAGAGCAGUAAAUUCCAG